ACUUCAUAUUGUCAAAAAAGAUCUUAAAACAUUUACUGCUGUGAAAAUUUAUGACUGCAUUUUUGAAAUCGUUGGUUAGUCGUAAAAAAUACAUUGAUUUUUCAAAAGGGUCGGUUCAGAGCCCCCAAGACUAUCAACGAACAUCCACUCCAGUCUGUGUACUUAGCUGUCUUAUCAAUUUCUUUCAACUAGAGCAGGUAAAAGAACUACUCAGUUUUAGAUUUUGAUAUUAUAACUACUGAUGAAUCUCAACUGGGGCGGAAGAUUCGGAAAGGUGUGUCUGAUCACCACCAACUUCUUAUUUACUGUAGUGGGACUAGGGAUGGUCACUGUGGGGGCCCUAGCUGUAAGGGACAUAGCAACCGUAAACAAUGACAAAAUCAAACCUCUUCUGGACUCACUCUCAGUAGAUUCCUUCAGCGUAGGCGUGGUCAACAGUCUGUCAAUCAGUAUCAUAGUAGUCGGAGUCUUCAUUUUCUUUGUGGCUGGACUGGGUAUAUAUGGCGCCUGUUGUCAAAAUAAAUACUUGCUUGUAACGUACGUGAGCAUAGUUGUGAUGUUACUUUUGACGAAAAUUGUAGUCAUUGCUCUGUGGGUCACAGUGCACAAAACGAUGGAGAGAGAAAUUAGAGCCAAAAUGAUUGAAGUUUUCAACAAUAACUUUAUAGAGGAUACAAUUACCAGCAACAAUUCUCUCUCAAACGCUUGGAAUUGCAUGUUUAUGACGCUGGAUUGUUGUGGCGUUAAUCCUGUUGUAUCAACGACAAAUGAUUUUGAUCUGACGUAUUGGUGUACGACUUCAGGAAGCUGCGAGGAUACUAUUUCACAAAUUCCAAGAACCUGUUGCAUAAACGUUGACGAAAACACGUAUACUUCAGCUCCAAUUGGCUGUCAUGCAAGCGUAAAUAAAGGAACCUACAAUCCAAAGGGAUGUUACGACGUAUUGAAGGAUACGCUGCAGUCUCAGUCCCCGAGUGUCAUCGGUGUUGUUGUUACCAUUAUACUUAUCGAGAUCAUCGCUGUGAUCUUUGCAAUUUUGAUCUGUUGUCAAAAAAAAGAAUCAUAAAACACCACGAUGUUUAAUCAACGCAUGCAUCCUGAGUGGUGUGCAUUGACCAACAAGACGGGGGCAAAGGAUAGACACUGGGUUGAUAGGUUGAAUACAGUACUUCACAUCAUGAUACUCAAUCAAAUAAAGUGUUUAUAGAGUAAUCCUUAUGUCAUGACUUUUGAUUUGCCUCAUUUCUACAAGAAACGUCUACGCUGCAGUGUUUUAAAAAUAUGUUAACAUGACUUAGUCAGUGAAUGUAUUAAUACAUGCAUUAUAAUUUUUUAUACAUAGUUUUCUACUGCUUUCUUUUCGUUAGCCCCUCUUUAAAUUAUUAUGUUUUUAUUCAACUGUAUUAAGGAUACCUUAAAGUGUUAAUUGUUGUUGGAUGGGUGCCAAAAUAGCUCAAUCAAAGUGUGCACUGCGAUUUUGUUUUUCUUUUGUUUCUGACUAUUUAACCUGUAUAUUUAAUAUUUUGAAUUAAACCAUCCUGACGGAUAACA